AUGGACAACCAAGGCGUGACUUACGCGGAACUCCAUCAUGCUAAGGGCUCAAAAAGACAGCAAGUGCAACCUAAGGGCACGAAAAGUUCCAUUUCAGUAACUGAGGAGGAGAUAGCCUAUGCAGAAUUGAAUCUUCAAAAUGCUUCUCGGGACCUUCAAGGGAAUGGCAAGAACUCUCCCUGCAAAGAGAAGCUCAUUGCCGGUAUCUUGGGAAUCCUCUGCCUCGUCUUGAUGUCCACUGUGGUAACAAUAGCUGUUAUUCCCUCUACUGAAGGACCAGAUCGGAACAAAACGUCCCUGGAAACAAGGAUCCGGAAAGCGUGUCUCUGUUGUCAUUGUCUGAAAGAGUGGUUUAUGUAUUCCAACAAUUGCUAUUACAUUAGCACUGAGGGAAAAUCGUGGAAUGAGAGUUUGACGUCUUGUGCUUCUAAGAACUCUAACCUGCUCUACUAUGAUGAUGAAGAGGACAAGUUUUUGUUGAAUUUACUCUCUGCUACUACAUGGAUUAGAGGCCUCCAGAGAAGAAAUCAUAGUUCAUCUGUGCAGCCAAAGGCCAUAACAUUUUCUUCUAACAUGUUGUCAGCAUCUUCAGAGAGUGACAAGAAGUGUCCAUAUUUCAAUUUUCAAGUAAAACCGUUUUAUGCACCCUGCUCAGUAAUAAGACCAUAUGUUUGUAAGCACAAGGCAUUCUAGUUAUUUCACUUUGGUAUAAUGUUAUUUCACCAUUUAUAAAGAAUACAUCUCUCAUUAUUUCAAAAGCCAUAUGAUUAUUUAUUCUGCAUAUUUUUAAGAAAAUGUUUUUAGUGUAA